AUGUGGGACUAUUUGUCUGUGACAUACCGCUCCGCUCCUGGGCGCGACUUUGGCUCCCACGCAAUAGUUCGUGCAAUCCAUCCGGGCAUCGCAUGGGAUCUCCUGCUCUCGCGAUCCCUUGCGAGAUUUUGCGAUCCCACCGCUUUCGCUUCUGCCAUGCCAGGAGGGGUCAUAGCCCUGCGGUUUGAAGUGCCCCGCUUCGGGGUGCUAUCAGUGCUCGCACCCGGGCGCGGCUUUGGCGCCCACAAAUAUUGGGAGGCUGGUGGUAACUGCAACUUGGGCAUUGCUGCUGCUAGAUUAGGGCUUCGUGUGAUCGCCCUUGGUCAUGUAGGGGAUGAGGUUUAUGGACAUUUCCUUCUUGACGUGCUUCAGAUAGAGGGGAUCGAUAUGGUUGGUUUAACUGAAGAUUCUAAAGCUGCUAAAGAUGCUGCCAUGUAUGAGACACUUCUAUGCUGGGUUCUAGUUGACCCUUUUCAGAGGCAUGGGUUUUGUAGUGUUGCUGAUUUUAGUGAUGAACCUGCAUUCAGCUGGUUAAAUAAAUUAUCUGGACGAGUUGAGAAGGCCAUCCAACAAUCCAAGAUCCUAUUCUGCAAUGGUUAUGCAUUUGACGAACUCUCACUUAAUAUAUUAGUUUCAGCAUUGUUUUGUGCUAUAGAUGCUCAGUCAGCAGUUUUUUUUGACCCUGGCCCUAGGGGAAGAACUCUUUUUAAUGGGACCAGAGAACAACGGAAAGCACUAGGGCAGUUUCUGAAGCUCAGCGAUGUUCUUCUUUUAACUUUAGAUGAGGCUGAGUCAUUAACUGGGAUAAAAAAUCCGAUUCUAGCAGGAAGGGAACUGAUUGAUAAAGGUGUUCGCAUUAAGUGGGUUGUUAUUAAAAUGGGAGCCAAGGGAUCGAUGCUGAUCACCAAGUCGACCAUUUCAUGUGCACCUGCAUUCAUGGUAAAUGUUGUCGAUACCGUUGGCUGUGGAGAUAGUUUCACUGCCGCAAUAGCUUAUGGAUUUCUGCACGACCUGCCCCAUAUCAACACUCUGGUGCUCGCAAAUGCCGUCGGGGGUGCGACGGCCACCAGAUGUGGAGCGGGUCGAAACGUUGCCACAAUAGCCAAGGUUUUGGAACUCAUGAGACAAUCAAACAUAAAUGAAGACUAUACCUUUUGGAGUGAAUUGUUCAAUGUUGGGCCGGAAGUAGGAGAGGUUUUCCUCCUCUCGAAAACAAAUAUUAAUGGCCACGACGACCAUCCGAUCCAUGUUCCCAUAGUGACUGUUAUCUCUCAGCUUAUGCCUAAGUUUGAAUCAAUGGAUAAAAAUGGGAUUGGCUUUAAUGAGAGAGAGGAACAAGUGAUGGAAAUAGAAUCUACAUGAGUAGAGUUCUGUUGGUAUAUAAUUAUACUAAUUUCUGAUGAUUAUUGUUCAAAGGAUGUUUUUAUAUUAAUGUAUAGGAUGAUAACUGGGUAUUUUUGCAAAAGAUAAUUUUGUUUGUAUAUUUUAUUCUUUAUG